GUUUUUCUCUAAACAAGGAAAAAUGGAUGUCAUAUUUAGCUGUGUAAUAUGGUUUCUCUUCACAUGGCUUUCAAUAGUAGCUCUGAACACCAUUUUCAGAGGAACCAAACCAGCUUCUAGGAAGCUUCCUCCUGGACCGAACAAACUCCCUAUCAUUGGCAACCUCUUAGCUCUCGGUGAAAAACCUCACAGGUCUACAGCCGAGCUCGCCCAGAUUCAUGGCUCCAUAAUAAGUCUUCAACUGGGCCAGUUGACCACCAUAGUCAUUUCUUCCGAAUCCAUAGCCAAACAAGUCCUUCUAACUCACGAUUCAGCUUUCUGUAAUCGUUUCGUUCCCGAUGCCGUGCUUGCUCACCAGCAUGAUGUUUUCAGCAUGGUUUGGCUUCCGGUCUCCACCGCGUGGAGAACUCUCAGGAAAAUCAGCAGCUCGCAUAUUUUCAUUACUCAAAAACUUGACUCCAGUCAAGACAUCCGGCGCAAGAACGUGCAUCAACUCCUUUCUUAUGUUGAAGAAAAUUGCCAUGCUGGUAAAGCCAUAGAUAUUGGCCGAGCCGCUUUUAGUACUAGUCUUAAUUUGAUAUCAAACACUAUGUUCUCCGUUGAUUUAGCCGCUAACAAAUCAGAGUUUAGGGAGCUGGUGUGGAAUAUUAUGGUAGAAGCAGGAAAGCCUAACGGGGCCGAUUAUUUUCCUGUGCUGAAAAAGAUUGACCCCCAGGGAAUAAAACAUCGCUUGACCAUUCAAGUUGGGAAGAUGUUGGAGCUCUUUGAUCGCGUGAUUGAUCAACGCUUGAAGCUGAGAGAAUUCCCUGGUUAUGUUAAAACCAAUGACAUGUUGGAGACUCUUCUUAACAUCAUGGAAGACAAAACUGAAGCUACCAACAGGGAUUAUAUCAGGCAUUUAUUUCUGGAUUUGUUUCUUGCCGGUACUGACACAACUUCCAACACACUGGAAUGGGCAAUGGCGGAGCUCCUCCGUAGUCCUGAAGCCUUAUCAAAAGCCCGAUUAGAGCUGGAGCAAACUAUAGGCAAAGGGAACCCAGUUGAAGAGUCAGACAUCCUUCAAUUACCUUACUUACAAGCAAUCAUCAAAGAAACUUUAAGAUUGCAUCCACCAGCUCCCUUUUUGAUUCCCCGCAAAUCCUCCAUAGAAAUGGAAAUCAACGGCUUCACAAUCCCAAAGGACGCCCAAGUUUUAGUGAAUGCAUGGGCAAUUGGCAGAAACGAAAACAUAUGGGACAACCCCAACGCUUUUCUCCCGGAAAGAUUCUUGGAGUCGAACAUUGAUGUCAAGGGGAGAAAUUUCGAGCUCAUUCCGUUCGGUGGGGGGCGGCGAAUGUGCCCUGGAUUGCCACUGGCAAUCAGAAUGCUGCAUUUAAUGUUGGGUUCGCUUCUUCACGCCUUUGAUUGGAAGCUUGAAGAUGGCAAUACGCCAGAAGAAAUGGACAUGGAAGACAAGUUUGGUAUCACUCUACAGAAGGCAAAGCCACUUCAUGCCAUCCCUAUUGCGUGCAAUUAGAACAAGUUUGACUUCCUAGCAAAUAAAUAAUCUUCAUAUUUUCAAGUUUAAUUAAUUCAUUGUAGUUUUUCUUGAUUUUGGGGUGUGUAGUUUUGGUUUAGUAUAGUUUAAGAAUUUUUUUAAACCAAACUGAAAAACAAAAUUUGAACAAAAUUUUGAUAUAAACUGAUCCUGAAAGUUAACGUGCUGGAAGAUAUGGACAUGGAAGACAAGGUUGGCUUCACUCUACAGAAGGCAAAGCCGCUUCUUACCAUCCCUGUUGCGUGCAAAUAGAAUGAGUUUGACUUGCGUGCAAAUAAAUAAUCUUUAUAUUUUCAUGUUUAAUUAAGUGAUGUAAUUCUUCUUGAUUUGAAAUAUAAUCACAUAUAUUAUGGAUUAGUGACUUUAA